UCAGGCGUUGACGGCGGCGGGACGCGCCCAGUGUGUUGCUGCUUCUCCUGCUUGAGAGGCGGCCAGUUCAGCUGCCUGGCGGGGUGCGCGCGUCGGCUCCAGGGGCUGCCCAGGCGGGGCUGGGGUUCCUCCGGCCGCGACGACGGCUCCGGCCAUGGACGAGCAGGCGGGGCCCGGCGUCUUCUUCAACAACAACAACAACAAGGCGCUGCUGCCGCCGCCGCCUCCGGGCGGGGCCGGGCCGGGGCUGGAGCCGGGCGAAGCGGCGGCAGCUGCUGCGGCGGCCGCGGCGGCUGCUGGCGGCGGUGGCGUCGGCGCCGCGGCGGCCCCUGCUCCGGCCUCUGCAGCGCGGGCUCAGUACAGCGUCCCCGGCAUCCUGCAUUUCCUGCAGCACGAGUGGGGCCGCUUCGAGGCCGAGAGAGCCGAGUGGGAGGCGGAGCGGGCAGAGCUGCAGGCCCAAAUUGCCUUCCUUCAAGGGGAAAGAAAAGGUCAAGAGAACUUGAAAAAAGAUCUAGUGCGAAGAAUAAAGAUGCUGGAAUAUGCUCUGAAACAAGAAAGAGCAAAAUAUCACAAGUUAAAAUAUGGCACAGAGCUAAAUCAGGGAGACAUGAAACCCCCGAACUAUGAUUCUGAUGAAGGGAAUGAAACUGAAGUUCAGCCACAGUCAAAUAGUCAACUAAUAUGGAAACAAGGACGACAGUUGCUCAGACAAUACUUGCAAGAGGUGGGAUACACUGACACGAUACUGGAUGUGAAGUCAAAACGGGUACGAACUUUGUUAGGUCUCUCGGGUGAUGGUCUUGACAGAGAAAAUGAUAGAAACCAAGAAUUGAUGGUGAAUGGCACAGACGCUGAGCUUAAAGAAAAAGUGAUGAUUGGGAAACCAGAUCUGACAGACUCUGCGUCUCUUCUAGAGUCAUUUAAAUUCUUGGAAAAUGCUGCUGCAGAAUUUAGUGAUGAAGAUGAAGAUGAUGAUAUUGAUGGAAGAGAGAGAACAAUCAUGGACACUUCAACGAUUGUGAGGAAGAGGGUAGUGUCUGAUAACACUGAGGACAGGGAUACUGAAGAAGCUCUGAAAGAAUUUGAUUUCUUGGCCACAUCUGAUGAAGGAGAUGGUGAAUCCAGAAGUUCAGGAGAUGGUACAGACUGGGAGAAGGAAGACCAGUGUCUCAUGCCUGAAGCCUGGAAUGUGGACCAGGGAGUAAUAACCAAACUGAAGGAACAAUACAAAAAGGAGCGCAAGGGGAAAAAGGGGGUGAAGAGAAAAACUACCGAAGAUAUGUUUCAGCCUCAGUCCUAUAUAAAACAGUCAAAACAGGGAUGUGGGAAAAUGAUGGAACAAAAUGCAGGGCCCAACAGGUCAAAACUACAAGAUAUGCUUGCAAAUUUGAGAGAUGUCGAUGAUCUUCCUGCACUGCAGCCGUCUGUUGUGCCACCCACCAGACCCAGUACCUCACGGCUUAUUGAGCAAGAGAUAAACAGGACAGAUGAGGUGGAAGCAUUAACUUUCCCACCUUCAUCUGGAAAAUCUUUCAUUAUGGGAGCAGAUGAGGCCCUUGAAAGUGAGCUUGGUCUUGGAGAAUUGGCAGGUCUUACAGUAGCUAAUGAGGCAGAUUCACUGACAUACGAUAUAGCAAACAACAAAGAUGCACUGAGGAAGACCUGGAACCCCAAAUUUACUCUAAGAAGCCAUUUUGAUGGAAUAAGAGGUCUGGCUUUCCAUCCAGUUGAGCCAGUGCUAAUUACAGCAUCAGAAGAUCAUACAUUAAAAAUGUGGAAUUUACAAAAAACAUCUCCAGCUAAAAAGAGUACAUCUCUUGAUGUUGAACCCAUAUAUACUUUCAGGGCACAUACUAGCCCAGUGCUUUGUGUAGUAAUGAGUAGUAAUGGUGAGCAGUGUUACAGUGGGGGAACUGAUGGUGUCAUCCAAGGUUGGAAUACUACAAACCCAAAUAUUGACCCUUAUGAUUCCUAUGAUCCUUCUGUUUUAAGAGGUGCAUUUGUAGGCCACACAGAUGCCGUGUGGGACUUGGUUUACAGUGGAACACACCAGCGUUUGCUCUCCUGUUCAGCAGAUGGCACUAUCCGUUUAUGGAAAGCUUUGGAAAUCUCUCCAGCUCUGAAUAUAUUUAAUGAUAAUCAUGAGAUGGGAAUUCCUUCUUCUGUGGAUCUUGUGAGCAGUGAUCCAAGCCACAUGGUAGCAUCAUUUAGCAGUGGGCACACAAGUAUUUUUAAUAUGGAAACCAGACAACGCAUUCUUACCUUGGAAUCCAACAUAGAUACAAUGCUUAGCUCUUCUUGCCAAAUAAACAAGGUAAUCAGCCAUCCAACUCUUCCAAUCAGUAUCACAGCCCAUGAGGACAGGCACAUCAAAUUCUAUGACAAUAACACAGGAAAAUUGAUCCACUCCAUGGUAGCCCACUUGGAUGCAGUCACAAGCUUAGCUGUUGAUCCAAAUGGCUUAUACUUGAUGUCUGGCAGCCAUGACUGUUCAAUACGAUUAUGGAACCUUGAAAGUAAGACCUGCAUUCAAGAAUUUACAGCUCAUCGCAAAAAGCACGAUGAAUCCAUUCAUGAUGUGGCAUUCCACCCCUCCAAGUGUUAUAUCGCCAGUGCGGGAGCAGACGCACUUGCUAAAGUCUUUGUAUGAUGCAAUACUUCCCUUCCAGCUGCGAUGUAUAUACAAUAAGCUGUACAAAGGACAAGGGCAAGAAUCUUCAUUUCAUGCCCUUUAAUUCAGUGAAUGUUAGUAAUGGUUUAGGGGUUUUUUUUCUGCAGGGUGCUGUUUUCUAAAUUAAAGGGUGAUUUGGGUUAUAUGAGCUCAGCUACUGCUGAGAGCUGGGAAACCCUUUGUUUCAAAUGGUCCAUAGAAGAACCAUUUUUAUUUUUGAAGGUAUCAGUAUUUGUCCAGGCUGGCCUUGGGCAAAAUGAAAUCUUCUGUAAACAAUAUGGGCAAUACAGGAUGGUUAACAAAGAAGCCAGUGGUUCAGUCUGUAGGGCAUGGGUAAAUAAAUUAUUUCCUGCCCAUUUCUUCAAGAAUAUAAUCCACAUAUUUUGGUGAAAUAACCCCCUAGUUUGGUGAUUUGUUUAAUUUGGAACCAUGAAAUGAAUUACAUUCCACCUUUUCCUUAUUUGGUUUUGAAGAGCAGAAUUAUGUAUAAAAAGUGUUACUUGAUUUCGUUUUAGCCUGCUGGCUAUUACCUUAGGUAGACUGGAUUUUAAAAAAUAUGAAUUCCCUAAAUAAAUCUUAUUAAAAGCAGAUAUAUAAAGUGCAUCAAACUGUAUCUUUUAUUUAAACCUUUGAAAGUAUAUGUUAGGAAGUGGCAGGAACCACAGUUUCACCUUUAAAAUGCAUUCCUAUGGUGAUCCCUGCAAGCCCCUGCCCUGGGAGGAUUAGGGUCAUGUAGUGAGGGGCAGAGGCAGAGGCAAUCUCUCCUCCACAUCCUCCUGCUCUGCAUAUUUCACUAGAUUGGCUUUUUGUCUUCUAGCAUUUUGGAAAGGGAGGAAAAGAGGCUGGACAGGUUUAUAUCCUGGCCUCUUACUUUCACUGCCUGAUCACCAAGAUUCCUCCACUCUGAGGUUGUUUUCCCAGUCUCAGGGAGAAGCCAGCAUAGGGGAAGGGGUGGGGAAAGGGAUCAGAGCACUGCCUCUGACCUUGGAUCAGGAAAUCUAAAAUAUCGAUCCUUCGCUGUUGUCUGGAGGCUAUAAGAUUGCUCCCUAAUUCAGUUUCAUAUAAUGUGGUAUUGGUUUGCAACAGGGAUGACCCCAUUUCAGAUAUUGAUGAUUCUUCACUCAUGAGAGCUCAGAAAAAUAAAUUAUGAAUCUCUUCUCUUUUCGGUUAGAUUAUCUAUAUACGGUUUAACAGUUCUCAUUGUUGAAAUGACUCUAAAUGCUAUCCUAACAAUAUUUUUAUUGUGUCUUGAAUAAACUCUAUCCUGCUCUCGUGUAAACUCAGUCUCCUUAAACCCAUAUGGCAUUGAAACUUCCAGUGCGUCAGUCUCAAGCUGCUGGUAUGUACGUAUGUGAGAAAUAAUCAGCCAUGUAGAUGGAGCUGGUUAGGAGGGCCUUCUCCAAUCUGAUCUUUGCUUUCCCAGCAGAAUGCUGAUUGGGUGGGGAAAGUGUGUGCAGAUUUUGCCAAAUUCACAAAUUCUGCAGCAACUUGGGUCUUUCUAGGGAAACUUGGUGGCCUGAAAGCUGCUGUAGCAUAUCAGAAAAAAAUCAAAUUUAGUUUCUUGUGCCCCCAAACCCAUUUAUCUUUAACUGCAUGGUUUUGUCUUAUAGGAAGGGCAAUCCACCAAUAAAUCCAAGAGGUUUUCCUGAUUGGGAAUAAAUGGUCAAAAUUAGAUAUUAGGGGAAUAAACCCAUAAACAUUUGCCAUCAUUUGUGUGAAAAUGCUAAGGGUAGCAUGCUCAUUUGUAGCAGAAACAAAUUUUAACACAAGCACGAACAAUAUUAGUCACUGUGUUGUGCCACUAUAAAUAGUUAUCUUCUGUCAGUAUGAAGAUUGCAGAAUUUUGCAAAUGGUACAAAAAGGUGUGAAGUACCUGUUUGUAGAUAUUUCUUCUCUUGUAGUUUCUGAUUUGCAACAUAUAUCCCUUAAAUACAAAUAGAUGUUUCAUCCCCAAAAUUAUAAUGAUAUUUCAAAAGUUCAGCGCAGAAAGUCCAACAUAAAACACACUUAUCUUCUGUGUAUGCACUCCUUCUUUUGGUGUCCUUAUUUUUUUAAAGGAUAUUACAAUGGUUUAUUUGGGAAAAGUACAUGAAGUUGUGUAUAUUAUGUGUGUACAUAUAUAUAGAUAUAUAUAUAUAGAUAUAUAUAGAGAGAGGUUGUAAACAGUAUGUAUUAAAUGCGUCUAAGGGAAGAUUCUAUGGGUAAUUUUGAUGUUUUAGUAUUAAGUUCUCCAGACUUUGUUUAAUACAAAGGAUAAAAGGUAUCAGUAUUGUGCUCUUUGCUUAAGCAAUAUAAUACAUAGUUGCUGAUGUUUAAAUUGCUGUACAUACAACUAAUAGGCCAGCAUGCUUGUUUUUAAGACUCCCAUUUGAUUAAAUUAUGAAUGUAAGAAACAAAAAGAGUUGCUAUUCAUAUGUGGAUUGAAAGAUGCACCAUCCUGUGUAGUAAAGUCUUGAUCCCAGUGAAGUGACUUUUAAAAUAGGUGAAUAGCUAGAGGCUGAGGUGCCUUUUGACAAACAAAAUGUAGCCUUACUAUAAGGUUGUGGGCUCUGUAUUUGUGCUCUUCUCCAGACUGUGUUUGUGUCUGUCAGUCUCCUGCUAGCGUACUAUAGGUUGCAUUGUACUGUACACAAGUAUUAAAGUUAUUUGAGAUAUCAUCUUAAAAUUAAAAAGGGUCUUUUCAUCUCUGAAAACCUAUUUUACUUACCAGCUAGUGCUCGGUUGCAUUCUUUCAUGCAUAUAUAAGCAUUUGAACUAGGUUGGUUAACCUUCUACAGCCCACAUCAAUUUUUACUGCUUUUCUUUAUGCCACUAAGUGACCUGCCUUCAUUGGAACAUGUAAUGGUUAUAUAUGAGAUAUAAAAGCCCUGUGGUUUGAUAUUUGGGGGACUAUUGAACAUAUGCCUGUCACUGAGUAAUAAACAUGUGAGCUUUUAAAAGAAACUUGGGAAGCAACACAUUUCUUCUGAAUGUAAGCUCCUAUAUAAAUGUUCAUUGCUCAGUGACAGACAUAACGCCCACCAGUAUUUGUUAGAAGAACAAACACAUCAUGGAAUACUUUCCCCUGCUUUCAUCUCCACUUUGCAAAAAAGGGGAAAAUUGAAGCUUCCUUCUCUGGCUUCUAACAGACCCACCUUUUCCUUUUUGUUUAUAUACGAGAAAAUAUCAAGCCAGAAGGAGAUUCACCUUCAGAUGAAACAUGACAUUAUGACAUUGUUAAACGGUUAGAUUAGUGGUUAGAUUUCUAUAAGAUGCCAAUGUAUUUACCUAAUUAUGUUUCCUAGCUAGUGCAAAAUUAGUGUCCUGAAGCCUAACUUCUUGAAUGUAGAUUCAGGUAGAUUGAAUGAAUUCUAACUUUUGAAUGUAGAUACUUGGCUUGGUUUGAGGGAUCCUAACAUAACUUGUGAUGGAUCUUGCAGAAGAAUCACACUUCUUUAGGAAUUUUUCGAAAAUGGAACAUUUCUUGCAAUGUCAAACACAUAAUUGUAUACCAGAAUACUACAACCUAGACAAAUUAUAUAAGGAAUAUUGUAGGGUUCAGCCUUUCAGUAAUGGUUUAUCCUUCUUCUGGAAUUGGUCUUCUCAUUUAAUUUGACUUUUGGGUGAACAUAUUCCAGAAUAUUUUUUAUCAUAGUUAGUUGUCUCUUGGAAGCACAGGAUUCUUAGCCGUUGCAUCUGUGCUAUAGUCCAGUCCAGAUGAACUGAAAAGGCCUCCUAUACUACAGUGAAUGCCUUUCUGAAACCCUCCAUAGUAGCAUAGUGAAUAUAGCUAUAUUUCAUGAUAAAGUCUGCUCGUUGAACCAAUACAUUUUUUUUAAAGAAAGGAAGCUAGCCAGAAUCCUUCUCUUCUUGCCUAGUCUUAUUGACUAAACUCAAGCAGAGGAAAGUGUCCCAAAAGUUCAAAUCCAACUCCAUUGCAUUUGGACUGAGAACAUAUAUUCCGGGUGUUUUUUUGUUUGGUUGGUUGUUUUUUUGUAUUUUUUCCCUCUUUCUACAUCAUCACCCUUUCUUUGGCAGAAGUUUAUAAUAGGCUAGAUUCAGUUUUCCAUAAGCUGGUUAGUCAGUUGGCACAUUCCUUCAUAUUAGAUAUUGACAAAAUGACUAGAUCAUCUCUUGCUUAUGUUCUUGUGCAAUAUUUUAUUCAAACACUGGCUCCAUUGUUGAAUUUAAGAUUUUUAAAAAUUUACUGCUUAUCCUUUACACACUUGUAUUUUAAGACUUAUUCUCACCAUUAGACAGUUAGUGGUAGCCCAGAAGUAGUAGAUAGGAUUUUCACUCCUGACCAAGUAACUGUUGUUUGUUUCUCCUGCUUUUCAACACAGUGAGCUGAAGCUGAAUCCACUUUCCAAAAUACCUAAAUCAAAAAUUUUAGUAGUGUAUUGUUUGCAAGGAAAUGUUUUAUUUGUUUCUCAGAGUCAUGUGGUGAUUGAAAUAAUCACAUAAUGUCCAGGUGUAAUUUGAGGCUUUUGUGUGUGGGGAAAGCAAUCAACAGGAAUAAUACUUGUACAGAAGACUGUCAGAUUAUGACUAGACUGUGAAGUAGGCUUGUUUAAUUUAAAAUGAAUUCAUGAUGUGUGCUCUGGCUAUUUUCUGAUUGCUCUAGUUGAUUUUGCCAGGAAAGAACAUGUACAUUGUUCCAAAUAGUUGAUUUAUUCUGGAUACCAAAUUUAAUAUUGUUCCAGAUAAUCUGCAAACAUUUCCAGUGGUGAGGAAUGGUGAUCUGUGAGCAUGUGAUAAAACUCUUUGACUAUAUUAAGACUUUUCACUACUUACUGUCAUGGUGUAGCUAAGUUAGUCUCAGCAUUAGGAUAAACCAAAUAGUAAAUCAAUAAACAGGCAAAGGUCAAGUGCAGAGGUACCAGAACAUCCAUUUUAGGUUUGGAUAGGGUCUUCUGUCUUCCUGGCUCUGAAGGUUCAGUCUGUUCCUCUCAUGAUCCCCAGGAUAGCCAUUAUGUUUAUAGAAAAAUGGCCUUGGUGAAAAACACUCGGUUACUGGAUGUUACUGUCAUUUCCCCCUCUCCUAACACUGUUAUCUUAAGCAUGUUUCUUUAUAAGUUAGCCCCACUGUGUUCAAUGAGGCUUAGUCUCAGCUGCUUUGUAUAUACUCAAUCACAGAUCAUUUCCUGUUAAUACAUAUGUUAGUGAGGCAAUACUGAGCUUUUAAUGAAGGCAGUGGCACUGGUUGGUAGCUAAGCAAAGUGGAUUUUUUGUGUACAGUACCUGCAUUCUAUGUUAAGUAAAACAAGUGGACCUUCCUGAAGUAACACUAUACAGAGCAGCUUUACUAAAUAUUAGAACAGCAAAUAAAUGUCCUUUGUACUAUGUAUUUAUGUAAACUGGGUGCUAAUAAAUACUAUUUUUCAACA